AUGAGCACUUGUCAAAAUAAGAGAGAUACAUGGCUUACCGUCCGCCAAGCAGUAUACGGCGAUGAGGGCGGAGAUGCCCGCCUGAUGCAGUUCCGCGUGUUCAGCGCGUGUUGCAACUUGUCUUUUCUUGCCGUCGUUCUACAUCUUGGCCGCCGUAUCCAUCUAUACUCUCACCCCAACCUCGCCCCUCGCCCCUCGCCUCUGGCCCCUCUCCGGCUCGCCCUCUCUGCCCCCCCUCCCCGGCUCUCCCUCCCUCUCUCUCCUCCUCCCGCCUCUCCUCCUUGUUUCCGCCUCUCCGCCUGCCCUUCCUGGCCUGCCCUUCCUGGCCCCCCCUCCCGCCUCUCCUCCUUGCUUCUGCCUAUUGGAGGAGGCUAUGGGCGUUCUCAUAGGUUUCAACAACUAGUGCUUGAGGGUCUGUUCGGCUGGGAUUUCUGGAUGGGAUGGGAGGCUCCAUCCAGGGCAAAACGGGCCUACCCUGAGAGGCACUCUCGUCUUGAGAAUUCCCUCCAAUCCGAGCUUUUAGCUCUUUACCCCACCGACGCCGAGUUUGGCCAACUCACUGCGUCUAGGGUGAAGAGAGUUACAUAG